AUGGUCCAUGGCAAAGUCUCCAAACGGGACCGUCAGGUCCAUCGGUCGAUGGUAGCAUGCAAUCGAUGUCGCAAUCGCAAAACUCGAUGCGCCGGUAGCCCACCUCUCCCUUGCGCUGCAUGCCUUGAUGUCGGCCAGCCCUGUAUCUAUUCCGAGGCCGAGAAACGUAUCUCCAUCACUGAGAGUUACUUUCGCCAAUUGCAAUCGCAGGUUCGCACACCCAGUACCCUCAAUGGCUCGAAUACCUCUUCCUCGAAGACCCCAGACAUCUCCAACACACCCGAAGAGCUCCAAGUCGGCUCUCCCAGUCGACCGACCCCGUCGAGCGUGCCAUCUACCGCUACUCGAGGUUCGGAGAGGGAGGUGAUGCCGUUGGAGCGAGAUGAUUGGUGGUAUAAGGGGACAGAUAAUCUGUUCCUCAAUCGAUCUGGAGAACACCACUUUGUGGGCGCAUCAUCGACCACUCAUUUGGCCAAGCGUUUGAACCCGACUUCAUCGAGCCUGGCGUGGGAUGUGCGCCCGCUUUAUGAUGACCCGUCAUCGCUAAGGCGACCGGUCGCGGGCGCUCUACCCCAACUCCCGCCCUUUGACUUUGCGAAGCGUCUUUUCUGGGUACAAUAUACGUAUAUCGGCACCAUCUUCUCCCUGAUCCACCCGAAAGAAUUUGAAGAACGUCUUGAUUUUGUUUACCACCAGCCACCUGACUUCUCCCACCGGGAAACAUGCCUCAUAUACUGCCAAGCCCUUCUGGUGAUCGCAUUUGGCUUGAUGUAUUCGGUCAAUCAGUGGUCUGGCGAUGAUGGACCGCCAGGCUUCAAGUAUUUCAAACAUGCUCUGCGAUUCUUGCCCGAUAUUUACGAAGAGGGAUCGAUAUUUUUCGUUGAGGUACUGUGCUAUGUAGCAUAUUAUAUGCAGAACCUCAACCGAAGAGACGCGGCUUUUCUCUAUAUCGGACUUGCUCUGCGCAUGGCGAUCUCGCUAGGCCUUCACCAAGAAGUAUCCGACCAAGAUAUUACGCCGACAGACCGCAAUCGCCGACGGCGAGCUUGGUGGUCGGUUUAUAGUCUGGACCGAAUUCUCUCGGUCAAAUCCGGAAACCCUAUCACUAUCCACGACGAGGAUAUUGGAAUCACUUGGCCGGCUGCACUGGAUGGAUCAACCUCAGACCCCUGGCCGGGUAUUGUCUUAACUCACUACACACAGCUGUCUCGAAUCCUGGGUCGAAUCGGCGAAGAGAUCUAUCGAAAAAAACCUCGCUCCGGGUCGAAUCUCAUUAUGUCUGUUCAGAGUAUCACAAAUGACCUCUCCAGUUGGUUGCGACAAGUGCCCGAUCGCCUUCGCAUUGAUUUUACAACCCUCGAUAGUCCCAUCAACCGAGAAUCGGUUUCUAUAAACUUGCAUUUCUAUUCAUGCGUGAAUAUGACCGCUCGCCCGCUGGUUUUUUAUGUCAUCCAGCGAAGACUGGAUGCUGGUAUCAUGGGCGCUUCCGCUGAAGACUGGAAGGAAGGGUUGGCUCCCAAUACAGUCGCGGUCAUCGAUAGUUGCAUCACCGCUGCCCGUGCCACGACGAUGAUCAUGGAUGCAGCCGCCAAACAAAAUCUAGUCGCUACGUAUGGCUAUCUAGAUGGCGAGUACAUUUUCUCCGCAGCAUUGUUGCUUGUCAUGGUGAAUGCAGCAUUCCCACACAAUGAAACCAAUGCGCGAUCAAUGGAGACUGCUCUUACUCUGCUACGAAGUAUGGCCGACCGCGGCAACGCCUACUUGGGAUCACGCCACUCCCUUCUUCUGGAAUUGCGGGCCUCGAUCGGACCCAAACCCACCGAGAACGAUGUAGAUGGUUCAAGUGGUGCGCUCGUCAUUCCACCUAGUCCCAACGGUGAACAUGCGACCGGUACUACCACUUUGACGGAUCCUGCGCCCCAUCCCACAGUACCGACGGAGGAUUGGCAGUCCGAUCUGCCAUCCUUCCAGAGCAUUUCUUUCCAGUUUGAUCUGAAUGAUGACCCGGCACUAUGGGAGGGGGCGUUGGAUCAGAUUGAUAUUGACAUGGAUACGGACUGGAUCGAAAACACUCUGAAGCGUCUAUAA